GUAAGCAGGAUCGUUAUGGCAGGAAACAGCGGGCUUCUCAGCUCUGCCUCAAAGACUAGAGAUGGCGAGGCUGUUUACCUGGUCAACCAGAGCUCGAACACUUGCCUCAGCGUCACCGCCGGCUCGAGCCCCGACGAUGCCGUGGUCGCCAUGGCGCCCAUCAGCGGCGACCUGAGCCAGCAGUGGCUCCGGGCGGGCGGCCAGUGGCUCUGGGGCGCCAACCACGCCUUCUGCUUGGUGCCCGUCGACGGCACCAACGACGUAGGUCUGGGCGACGCCAACGCGUCCUCGGUGUCCUGGAGUUACGACGAGGCCAGUAGGAUCGUGGUGGGAUCGGAUGCCCUGGACGUGCCCCUGGAGGAGCCCAGAACGAGGGUCAUUCUGUCUCCUGCGAACGAUGACGCCACGCAGACGUGGACGAUUGACCUCGUGUCGCCUGAGGAGCCGGAAUACCUCAUCAACCAGAGUAGCAAAACCUGCCUCGGAGUGCGAAAGGGGUCGACGCCAAGCACCGCGGAGGUCGGAAUGCUCAACGGCAACGGACUCAAGGAUCAACAGUGGUUCUCCGCGGGUGACUCGUGGCAGUGGGGCGGCGACCGGUCCUACUGCCUGGGCCCCGAUUACGACGUCCGAACCGUAAUCCUUGAGGAGAGCAGCAGUUCAACUUCAGUUUGGUACAUGGACGAGUCUGAGAGAUUGAGGAUUGGAGACUAUGCGCUAAAUGUUCCCUUGCAAACUCCGAAGACGGCCGUCGUUUUGGCCACCCCCAACAACACCAAUCAUCAAAAAUGGUGGAAAUUCUCCGAUCUAAAAACUUCUCUUGAGGGAACAGAACCGCCCGUGUAUCCCUUCCCAGGCAGCGAUGAAACCUCCUACAAGCAAGAAAUAUCGCGUGGAUUAGUAAACAUGCUGACCCCUAAGAGCGAUCCGCUGCCUCAUCCUCGUGACGUCCCUACCUUCCCUGGCACAGUUGACCCUGAAACGCCUCGGGUAACGAAGAAUGUUAUUCUGAACCUCUCGGUUCUUGGCCAUGACAGAGAUUUCCGUAUGGUAGUUCCAAAAGACUGGCAGGCAACGGAUUUGUAUGUGGCAGAAGGAGACAUCUGUCAGAUUAUUCUGCCAGAGAAUUUAACGAUUGACCAGGCCUUGCAGAUCACUGUCCGCAUCGGCGCUCACAAAGACAAACUCAAUCCUCACUCAGGUACUGUAGAGAAUAAGACGUUCAAACGAAUGCCAGUUGUGUCCGAGGUCUUCGAUCUUUUCCCGGGUGUCAACGAAAUUCGCAGUCAGUAUGGAGGAAACCUGAUAUUCGUUUUCACCGAAGGGGAAAAUUUUAUGGUCAAUGCAGAAGUCAGGAAUGUGGUUGAAGCCCCGUAUUUCCGGUAUGGCGUUACCUCCGCUGAGGACUGGCAAGCUAUCAAGACGCGAGAUGCGCCGCACGCAGUACUGGAGUCAGACAAGUGCGUUCUCGUCGUGCCUUCGUCGGCCGCUCAGGAACUCACGGACCCUGAUCUGCUGAUGGCUCGCUAUGAUGAGGUUCUCGCCUUGGAGAAUUACGCAGCAGGUUUCGAUAAGACGGAAGCUCCUCCUCGAGGGAGAUAUUGGUUGGUUGGCGACAUUCAGAUUUCAGGGGGAACUGCACACUCUGGCUUCCCUGUCAUGUUCAACCGGCAGAACAAUGAUCUUGCAAACGUGGAAACCCCCUACAGCUGGGUGACCUGGCACGAACUAGGACACAACCACCAGCAGGGGCCCUACUGGUGCAACGCUUACGGCACCGAAUCGACCGUGAACCUUUUCUCACUCUACGUUCAGGAGCAGCUGUUCGGCACCGACAGACUCGAGGAAGACAACAAGUACGUGAUGUCAGCUGACAAGGUCGACGGCGGGAUGACCUUCGCCGAGGGGAACUUGUGGGACAGGCUGGUGUUCCUGAUGGAGAUCAAGCACGCCUUCCCCGAGGGAUGGGAGAUGUUCCGCCAGCUCUUCCGCACGACUCGCGCUCUCUCCGACGAUGAGGCCGACUACUUGACGAAGGAUGUCCAAAGGCAGAUCGACCACGUGUAUAAAACUCUGAGUAUAAUUGUGGGAUACGACCUGGUGCUGACCUACGAACGAUGGGGCCUCAGUCUGAGCCAAGAGGUCAAGGACGAAAUCGAGCUACUGGGCUUAGAGAAAGCCCCAGGGAACCUUUCCCACAGGCCUCCUUUCGCCGGCAAAAAGCAAAAAUAAAAGCGUACUGAAGAUUGGCAUGAAGAGACGGACUAUUUAAAUAUGGAAUAGACUCUGCAUAUUUAGAACGUAAUUGGAUUUAAUGUAUAUUUACGGCUACAAAUUAUGGAAUAUGUAAAAGAAAUAUGAAAGGUGAUUACAAAACCAAGUAAACAAAACAUAAAACAUUGCAAUAAUCACUUCCUCUUGUUUAUGUUCUUGAUGAUUGAUCAUAACCAUGAUUAUCAUAAGUUUUACCUUAUUCUCUCUAAAGAAAUAAAUGAUUGCUGGAAAUACUAAAAUCCCACUACUACUACUCCUUGGCAGAAUGAAAUACCAUAUAUUAAGACACGUGAUUAUCUCACAUGGCAGCUGAUUGUACUACCGAUACUUUUAAAUAAAAUACGAAAAGAUAAGAA